AUGGGUCAGCCAGGUGAAUUCAGCUUCUAUGCUUCAGAUGUCCCGAGCCCAACCCCAAGCGAAACAUCAACUGGAAGCCCCUCGAAGAGUAACACUGGCGCCAUUGCCGGUGGAGUUGUUGGAGGCGUCGCCGCUCUUGCCAUCAUUGGGCUGAUCGCCUUCUUCAUCCUCCGUAAAAGACGCAACAAGAAGUCUACCGAAGGCGAAAUGGGCGCAGCAGCCAUGGUCCCAAUGAUGAACAACGAGAAGCAUGACCACAACGGGCACUCAUCACAUUUCGACGGCCAAUCGCCACCUCCUACAUAUACCUCUCCUGUUCAAGACCCUUACCAACAGAAUUACCCAACAAAGGGCCAGCAAUCAUACGUCCAAUACGCCAGCCAUGCGAGCGAACCCCAAGAGCUCCCGGCAGAGGUCUCUACGUCCAACCGAUACUCCGAACUUCCCGCCGGUGCAUCGGAUGGUGUGGACACUCGGCGAUUCUCUGAGCUUCCUGCCGAGGCACGGUCUGGUACUUCUGAGCUGGAGUCACCGCAGAUUUCACCUAUGCCGGUGCAAGGCGAGUUCUCCAGCGACAGGACGAAGCGCGCCAGCCGAGCUCAAGGGCUGGGCGUAAUGACCGAGUGA